AUGGGGAGCGACAGAAGCUGGGUGCCGAGGAACGGGAGCGCCCACGGCCCGUACCAGGCGGUCAGCAGGGCGCUGCUGCUCAGGAACGGCUCGGCGGGGCCGCUGGCGUGGCCGGCGGGGAACGGCAGCGCGGCCGCGGGGGGCCCCGGGCCGGGCCCCGAGCCGGGCCCCGAGCAGACCUACCGGCAUUUCACCACCACCGUGCAGGUUGUCAUCUUCGUAGGCUCUUUGCUGGGUAACAUCAUGGUGCUGUGGUCAACUUGCAGAACAUCGGUACUUAAAUCUGUAACAAAUCGGUUCAUUAAGAAUUUGGCCUGCUCGGGGAUCUGUGCCAGCCUAGUCUGUGUGCCUUUUGACAUUGCUCUUAGUGCCAGUCCACACUGCUGCUGGUGGGUCUAUACGAUGCUCUUCUGCAGAAUUGCUAAGUUUCUGCACAAAGUCUUCUGCUCAGUGACUAUCCUUAGUUUUCCAGCCAUAGCACUUGACAGGUACUACUCUGUUUUAUACCCUCUGGAAAGAAAAAUAUCUGAUGCAAAGUCCCGAGACCUGGUUAUAUAUAUCUGGGCCCAUGCAAUAGUGGCCAGCAUUCCAGUAUUUGCUGUGACUAAUGUGUCGGAUAUUUAUGCCAUGUCCACCUGCUCUGAAUCUUGGAGUUACUCCCUUGGCCACCUGAUAUAUGUCAUCAUCUAUAACAUCACCACUGUGAUUGUACCAGUGGCUGUGGUAUUUCUCUUUAUGAUUCUUAUUCGUAGGGCACUGAGUGCCAGUCAAAAGAAAAAAGUCAUCAUAGCUGCCUUAAGGACCCCUCAGAAUACAAUUUCGAUCCCUUAUGCCUCCCAGCGAGAAGCUGAGCUUCAUGCCAUGCUGCUUUCCAUGGUCAUGGUAUUUAUUUUCUGCAGCGUCCCCUAUGUGACUUUGGUGAUUUACCGCACCAUACUCAAUGUAUCAGAUAUUUCAGUCUUCUUGUUCCUCACUGCCAUUUGGUUGCCCAAGGUCUCUUUGCUGGCCAAUCCUUUGUUAUUUUUAACUGUUAACAAAUCUGUACGGAAGUGCUUAGUGGGGACAAUAGUACAGCUGCACCAAAGGUAUAGCAGGAGAAACAUGGUCAGCUCGAGUGGUGUUGCAGAUGCUAAUCUGGAGCCCAAUGUCCGUUCGGGGAGCCAGCUUCUGGAGAUGUUUCAUAUCGGGCAACAACAAAUCUUCAAGCCAACAGAAGAUGAGGAGAAUGAGACUAAAUCCAUUAGCUCUGGUGACUUUCAGCAGAAAGAAAUUCCUACCACCAGUUUAGAGGUGGGAGAGACUUUGGCUCACAAAUUCAUACCACAGACAAUUGCAGAUUCUGCAGCUCAGAUGGCAUCAGCUGUGCCCACAGAAGCUGAUACAGUCAACGAUAAGUAUUCCAUGCAGUUUGGUUUUGGACCCUUUGAGCUGCCUCCACAGUGGCUCUCAGAAAGCCGAAGCAGCAAGAAGCGGCUCCUGCCUCCUUUGGGGAAUACCCCUGAGGAGUUAAUCCAAACAAAACAGUCUAAGUGUAAAGCAGAAAGAAAAAUCAGCAGAAACAAUAAAGUCAGUAUCUUUCCCAAGGUGGAUUCUUAG